AUGAAAGUUCAUAUUCAAUCAAUAGAUUAUCGAGCCUGGCUAGUUAUUCAGAAUGGACCCAGACGUAUUCCGAACAACAGUGAUGGAAAGAAGCUUGUAAAAAGGGCAUCCAUAUUUGACUACAUAGAAGAACAGUUGGAUAUUAUACAAACAAAUGCUAGAGCAAUCAACAUGCUCUAUUGUGCGAUUAGUGAAGAAGAAUAUAAGAGAAUAUCCACCUGUGAGACUGCUCAAGAUAUAUGGGACAGAUUGGAAAAUAUCCAUGGGGACGCCAACAAAGUUAAGGAAAUUGAAUCCACGUCAACUCUUGAAGAAUCUGAAAAUGAUGAAGAUUGA